GUCGGAGCGCUCCCCAUGGCUGAGCUCCUGCCCCAGCUGCCUUGUCACCCACGGGCCGAGGGUGGUGCCCAGGACACAUCUGUGCCCCAAGCCGAGUGGCAGAGCCAGCAGCCACCGGGUGACAGGGCAGAGGGCCCAGCCCCUGAGCCCUGGAGGCCCCUGGCGGUGCCCUCCAUUUACAUCACACCAUCCAGUGAUGGAGAAUCACCCCCUUGCACCCCGACCCCCCAGCGCCUGCAGCUGCCGAGGACCCCAGACCCGGACAGUCUAUCUCAGGACAGCACCACCCCCCACUCCGGCCGGAGCACGCCAAGCAGCUCCCCAUCUCUCCGCAAGCGGCUGCAGCUCUUGCCCUCGAGCCGAUCCCCACCCGAGCCUGAACCAGGCACCAUGGUGGAGAAGGGGUCAGACAGCUCCUCAGAGAAGGGUGGGGUGCCCGGGACACCCAGCACCCAGAGCCUGGGCGGCCGGAACUUCAUCCGCAAUAGCAAGAAGAUGCAGAGCUGGUACAGUAUGCUGAGCCCCACGUACAAACAGCGGAACGAGGACUUCCGGAAACUGUUCAGCAAACUCCCGGAGGCCGAACGCCUCAUCGUGGAUUACUCCUGUGCGUUGCAGCGCGAGAUCCUCCUCCAGGGCCGUCUCUACCUCUCCGAGAACUGGAUCUGCUUCUACAGCAACAUCUUCCGCUGGGAAACAACAAUUUCCAUCCAGUUGAAGGAAGUGACGUGUCUGAAGAAGGAAAAGACAGCCAAGCUGAUCCCCAACGCCAUCCAGAUCUGCACCGAGAGCGAGAAGCAUUUCUUCACCUCCUUUGGGGCCCGGGACCGCUGCUUCCUCCUCAUCUUCCGCCUCUGGCAGAACGCGCUGCUUGAAAAGACGCUGAGUCCCCGCGAACUCUGGAACUUGGUGCAUCAGUGCUACGGCUCAGAGCUGGGCCUUACCAGUGAGGAUGAAGACUAUGUCUGCCCCUUGCAGCUGAACGGUCUGGGGAGCCCCAAGGAAGUGGGAGACGUGAUCGCCCUGAGUGACAUCACCCCCUCGGGGGCAGCUGAUAACAGCCAGGAGCCGAGCCCGGUGGGCUCGCGCCGUGGCCGCAUCACCCCCAACCUUUCUCGGGCCAGCAGCGAUGCAGACCAUGGGGCAGAGGAGGACAAGGAGGAGCAGACGGACAGCCAGCCAGACGCCUCCUCCAGCCAGACGGUGACCCCGGUGGCUGAACCCCCGAGCACUGAGCCGACCCCCCCUGAGGGGCCCACCUCCCUGGGCCCCUUGGACCUGCUGCGCAGUGAGGAACUGUUGACAGACACGAGUAACUCCUCCUCGUCCACAGGGGAGGAAGCUGACCUGGCCGCCCUGCUUCCCGACCUCUCCGGCCGGCUCCUCAUCAACUCCGUCUUCCACGUGGGUGCCGAGCGGCUGCAGCAGAUGCUCUUCUCAGACUCGCCCUUCCUGCAGGGCUUCCUGAAGCAGUGCAAGUUCACAGACGUGACCUUGAGUCCCUGGAGUGGCGACAAGUGCCACCAGCGCCGAGUGCUGACGUACACCAUUCCCAUCAGCAACCCACUGGGCCCCAAGAGCGCAUCGGUGGUGGAAACACAGACGCUGUUCCGGCGUGGCCCCCAGGCGGGCGGCUGUGUGGUGGACUCGGAGGUGCUGACCCAGGGCAUCCCCUACCAGGACUACUUCUACACGGCCCACCGCUACUGCAUCCUGGGCCUCGCCCGCAACAAGGCCCGGCUCCGGGUGUCCUCUGAGAUCCGCUACCGGAAACAGCCCUGGAGCCUUGUGAAGUCGCUCAUUGAGAAGAACUCCUGGAGCGGCAUUGAAGAUUACUUCCACCACCUGGAGCGAGAGCUUGCCAAAGCGGAGAAGCUGUCCCUGGAGGAAGGCGGGAAGGAUGCCCGUGGACUGCUGUCCGGCCUGCGGAGGCGUAAGCGGCCCCUGAGCUGGAGGGGUCAUGGCGAUGGGCCCCAGCACCCGGACACGGACCCCUGCACCCGGGCUGGCAUGCACACCUCAGGUUCCCUCAGCUCGCGCUUCUCGGAGCCAUCCGUGGACCAGGGCCCUGGGGCAGGCAUCCCUAGCGCUCUGGUUCUCAUCAGCGUGGUCCUCAUUGUCCUCAUCGCCCUCAAUGUCCUCCUCUUUUACCGCCUCUGGUCCCUGGAGAGGACGGCCCAUACCUUCGAGUCCUGGCACAGUCUGGCGCUGGCCAAGGGCCAGUUCCCCCAGACAGCCGCGGAGUGGGCAGAGAUCCUCGCGCUGCAGAAGCAGUUCCACAGCGUCGAGGUGCACAAGUGGAGGCAGAUCCUGCGGGCGUCCGUGGAGCUCCUAGACGAGAUGAAGUUCUCGCUGGAGAAGCUGCAUCGAGGCAUCACUGUCUCAGACCCUCCCUUCGACUCCCAGCCACGGCCCGACGACAGCUUCUCCUGAGGGCACCCAGCCACACGGCCGACCCCCCUAAUGGACAGAUGAACACAGAGCCUCGGCGGCCACUGCUGGCACAGUGUGAGCGCCAGGAGCCUCCCGCCCACCCCUCCCAGUGGCCCAGCCAGGGGCCACACAGACAUGGGGACCACAGAACCGAGAUGCACUUUAGACCAGCGUGUGCGAGUCCAGCUGCCGUCGCCUGCCUGGCCAUGGAGCUGGCCUGGCCUUCUGCAGGCCCCCCGCUAACUUAUUUUGCCCAGCUGGGGUGGUGGGGGGUGCCUCUGGGGUGCACGAUUCCCUCAGCUCUGGGUUUAAUGUAUUAUAUUUAUUUGGGGCCAACGGAGAGCCCCAAUAAAGGGUUGGAAACAGC